AAGCUACCCAUUUGGAGGGGGCCUUCCUAAUCUUGAAGAUGAUGAUGAAAACAACCAAAUCCCAGCGUUUCAAACCAGUAAGUCUUCAAUCCACAUUACCAGCCAGCCUCCAUCUGGUCAAAUCCCUCCAUCUAGUCAAAUCAGUACUACUUCAAAUCUGAAGAUCAAGAUUAAAGUGUCUCGUGUACCUGAUCUUGAACCUGUUGUAACCAAAACUGAAUAUGAUCUAUAUGAUGAACCACUUCAUGAGGAAGAAGUUGUGGAAAGCAUGGAUCAAGGCAACACAGUAAUGGCACAACAAACAAUUGACUCUGGAGAAGUUGAAGAUCAAGUGGAAGAGCAAGUGGAGACCAUUACACCCAAGCCCACCAAGAGGAAGGCUGCCGCAGAUAAACGCAAGGCUGCCGCAGAUAAACGCAAGGCUGCCGCAGAUAAACGCAAGGCUGCCGCAGAUAAACGCAAGGCUGCCGCAGAUAAACGCAAGGCUACAGCUGAUGAACGCAAGGCCGCUGUGGCGGAGAAACACACUUCUGUGAAGAGGAAAAAGAUAGACUCUCAAACUAUUUAUUUACUUUUAAGUUUCUUGACUCUCCUUAAAUGA